UGUGGCAUGCGUACCUUAUCUUAAAAACACACACGAGAUAUCCAACAGAUAUCUCAGUUUUAUAUCGAGGAAAAAAUCUAGUGAUGAUGAACAUUCAUGAUUCACAAAUUACAGUAUUAUGAUGCAUAGUGUGAUGACAAUAUAUUCCUGUGAAGUCUUUCCCCAGUGCCUCCUUUUUGGAAAGCUCCUCAGUGUUAACUCUCACUACAACGUUUUGGUUCACUGCACAAAUUCUAAUUCCUCGAGAAACCCCGGGAAGGUAAGAGUUUCUGCUGAUUCAACACUUACCCAUUUGCAUUCUUAUAAUUUCCAAGAAUCCCAUCUUGUCAAACUACUCAAUAGGUCUUGUAAAGCUGGCAACUACAAUGAAUCUUUGUAUUUUCUUGAAUGUAUGGUGAGUAGGGGGUAUAAACCAGAUGUUAUACUCUGUACAAAGCUCAUGAAAGGCUUCUUUAGUUCCAAAAAUGUCGAAAAGGCUACCAGGGUCAUGGAGAUUUUGGAGUCAAAAGGUGAUCCUGAUAUUUUUGCUUAUAAUGCACUUAUUAGUGGCUUUUGUAAGCUGAACCGGAUUCAACUGGCUAAUAGGGUUUUGGAGCGAAUGAGGGAUCGUGGGUUUUCUCCUGAUGUGGUUACCUAUAACAUAAUGAUAGGGAGUCUUUGUAGUAGAGGGAGGCUUGAUUCGGCUUUGAAAAUGAUGGAUCAGUUGUUGCAAGAUAACUGUAUGCCUAGUGUGAUUACUUAUACGAUUUUGAUUGAAGCGACUAUUCUUGAUGGCGGGAUUGAUGAAGCGAUGAAGCUUUUAGAUGAGAUGCUGUGGAGAGGUCUUCAACCUGAUAUGUAUACAUAUAAUGCACUCAUUAGGGGAAUGUGUAGACAAGGAAUGAUUGGGAGAGCGUUUGAAUUUGUUAGGGGACUACCGGAAGGAUGCAAACCAGACGUGGUAUCAUACAACAUAUUGUUACGAACUUUGCUGAAUCAUGGGAAAUGGAAUGAUGGAGAGAAUUUGGUGAGGGAGAUGUUUUCGAUUGGUUGUGAUCCAAAUGUGGUAACAUAUAGCAUUUUAAUCAGCUUUUUAUGUCGAGAUGGGAAAAUUGAAGAGGCAAUUAACUUGUUAAAGCUUAUGCUGGAAAAGGGAUUAUCUCCAGAUACUUAUACAUUUGAUCCACUGAUAUCUGCACUCUGCAAACAGGGGAAACUAGAUUCAGCAAUUGAAUUAAUGGAUUUUAUGAUUUCUAAUGGCUGCUUACCAGAUAUUGUGAACUAUAACACAAUCUUGUCUGCCAUGAGUAAAAAGGGAAAUGUAGAUGAAGCUUUGGAAAUAUUUGAACAACUUGCUAUGACAGGUUGCCAGCCAGAUGUGACUACUUACAACACGAUGAUCAGUGCAUUGUGGAACAGUGGGGAUAGAACGAGGGCCUUAGGAUUAGUUUCGGACAUGAUACACAAAAGGAUUGAUCCAGAUAAAAUUACUUAUAAUUCACUUAUAUCAUGUUUGUGCAGAGAUGGUAUGGUGGAUGAGGCUAUUGAAUUGUUAAGGGACAUGGAAAGAAGCCAAUAUUUACCAACGGUGAUAACUUAUAACAUUGUCCUUCUUGGACUGUGCAAAGCUCAUAGGAUUGAUGAUGCAAUACAAGUGUUGUCAGAAAUGGUUGAAAAGGGAUAUGAGCCGAAUGAAACGACGUAUAUAUUGUUGGUCGAGGGUGUUGGUUUUGGUGGAUGGCGAGCAGAGGCUAUGGAUUUGGCGAAAUCUCUGCUUGAGAUUGAUUUAAUUUCAAAUGAGUCAUUCAGACGAUUGAGUAGGACAUUUCCCCUUGAAGAUGUAUUGUAAAAUCUUCAAGUCUGUGUGUGUAGUAACAGAUAUCUAAUGGAACAAUGGGUAGGAAUGUACAAGCAGAUGCAUGUAUUUUUGUUGCUGACAGUUUUAUUUAUCAUGUACUACUAUGUUGUGCAUGAGUAGAGGAUGGUCUUGUCCUGCAAUAAAAUGUUUCAGAAUAAGAUUGUUCCAAGUAAUUAGAAUUAUUUUCCUGGUCA